GCUUAUGGUUAAAAUAAAUGACAAAUUGUCAAAAUAAUUUCUCGUUGUCGUCGCACGUGUUGUUAUCAUCGUUGAAAGGCAUUAAUCCCAAAGAAAAAAUAAAAUAAUUUUGAUAUAAUUUAAGAAAUUGCACAUAUAUAUAUUAAUAUCAAAAUGGGAAAAGUUAAAAAGCUCAAACCGUCACAAGUUGGAAAAAAUGUAGGUCUCGCUGACCAAAUCGAAGCCUCAAAUGCAGUUAAAAUUAAAAAUAGAAUUAAAGAAAAAAAUAGACAUGACGAUGAUGAAGAUUUUGUUAACGCAGACUUAUCAAAGAAAAUUUUGAAAGCUGCUCGAAGACAACAGGUUGAAUUGAGCGGUGAUGUUCCAUCCGCUUCUAGAAAUGCUGUGCUUUCAGUUAAUUUUGAUGAACCAGGAUCUGACAAUGAUGAUAAUUCUGACCAUGAUGGUUUGGAACCUGAUACAUAUUACGACAAUAUAGAAAUUGAUGAAGAGGAAGAGGAAACGCUGAAAAUGUUUAUGUCUUCGAAGCCAGAGAAGACAAGAACUUUAGCAGAUAUCAUAAGAGAUAAAAUUACAGAUAAAUAUACAGAACUACAAACUGAAUACUCUGAUGUGGAAACUUUAAAACUGCAAAAUAUUGAUCCACGAAUAAAAACAAUGUAUGAAGGUGUGAGGGAUGUUUUACAAAAAUAUAGAUCGGGCAAAUUACCAAAAGCGUUUAAAAUGAUACCUCAUCUGCAAAAUUGGGAACAAAUUUUAUAUAUAACAGAGCCUACAACAUGGUCUGCAGCAGCCAUGUAUCAGGCUACAAGGAUAUUUGCUUCCAAUUUAAAAGAAAAAAUGGCACAGAGAUUUUACAAUCUAGUACUUCUACCCCGAGUCCGUGAUGACCUUGCCGAAUACAAGAGAUUGAAUUUUCAUUUGUAUCAAGCUCUCAGAAAAGCAUUAUUUAAACCAGGAGCAUUUAUGAAGGGUAUUUUAUUACCUCUCUUGGAAGCUGGUGAUUGUACAUUGCGUGAAGCUAUAAUUAUCGGGUCAGUCCUUGCUCGGAACUCAGUACCUGUACUUCAUUCAAGUGCAGCCCUAUUAAAAAUAGCAGAAAUGGAAUAUACUGGUGCAAAUUCUAUAUUUUUAAGAAUUCUCUUUGAUAAGAAAUAUGCACUGCCAUAUAGAGUAGUGGACUCAGUGGUUUUUCAUUUCUUAAGAUUCCAAAAUGAGUCAAGAACACUACCCGUACUAUGGCACCAGGCAUUGCUUACUUUUGUGCAAAGGUAUAAGGCUGAUAUUUCAACUGAACAACGAGAUGCACUUUUGGAAUUGUUGAGAAAACAGAGUCAUCCUACAAUAACUCCAGAAAUACGACGAGAAUUACACGCAGCAAAAUGCCGUGAUAUAGAAAGAAAUGAAAAUGUACAAAGUAGUAUGGCAGUUGAAUAAGUUUUACUUAUUAAUAAUUAUAUCAAAUAUAUUUAUUAUAUACACGAAAUUUUUUCCAUUUGUUCUUUUAUGAUUAAACAUAUUUAGUACAGAAA